GUUUAGGAGAGUACGGGUCAUUGAAAGCUACCAAUACUGCGUAAUAAAGACGUUGGGUGAUAACGUUUUCACGUACUCUAAAUUUACUUUGCGUUCGAAAAGCCAAGGGCAAGACUCUAUACCAGUGAACAACACAAAUGGAACACCGGCGAUAGCACCACUUCUAGUCGAGGCCAGCAUCAUUUGGGAGAACGGCACCAUUACCGCGACUUCAGGCUCUGUAUCUGCUAUAGGAUCCUCCCAGCUUACUGUGGUGGGCCAUGUCUGAUCUCGAGGCACUCCAGGAACAAUGGCGGACACUCUACUCGAGAACUCUUCCAGCCCUCGCGAAAGCCCGUGAUCAUGCACAGUCCCGAUGGCCCGUAACCCUUGACCAUUGCUUUGCUCGCAUCAUUCUUGACAACACCAUAGGGAACGGUGAAAAACAAUGGGACAAGGUCAUUGCCAAACCAGCAAUCAGGAACAUGACCGAGCAGCAGUUUCGUGACGCUAUUUCUCUUGGUGAGGAUAUUCAGAAGGGGAAGAUCGAUCUAUGUGACCUUGAUGAGAUCAGCUUGCGAUGUAGGGGGAAGAACGAAAGCAAAUAUGGUGGCAGCACAAGGAAAAGAUCUCAAAGCCCAAAUCCACCCUCGACCCAAGGCGAGGAAAACUCUGCAAAGAACUCAAAAGACAAUCAGUCAUCCGCGCGAAAGAGGCCCAGACUUGACAAACAGCAAACCAAACUGCACUUUCAAACAGAGACCAAGUCGCCUGAGAAGAAGCCCGGUGUGGAUAAUGUGUGGCAAACCGGAUCAACCGUCGAAGAUAUCGAGGAAACGCUAGGUCGCAUUAGAAGCCAUCCCACGCUCACUCCGUACCGGAAAAAAUUGUACACCACGCUCUUAUCUGUCCCAAAAGGUCGAUAUACCACAUACGCAGCUAUGUCAGACUACCUGAGCUCCUCCGCACGGGCUGUUGGAAACGGAAUGCGGAAUAAUCCAUUCGCGCCAGAUGUUCCAUGUCACCGCGUCCUGGCCGCGAAUGGCACGAUUGGUGGUUUUCAUGGUGACUGGGGCAAAGAUGGUAAAUAUGCCAAUAAAAAGAUUGAAUUGCUCCGGGGUGAGGGCGUGAGAUUUGACCCAAGUGGAAAGGUCGUGGGUGAGCCAUUUCACAAAUUUCACACUUUCGAGGACCUCCAAUAGUCCCAGCACAUUCAUGGUCGAGCUGGUUAAUUCAAGACAAUACCCUCGGCGUUUAGGAGGAUUUUUGCUGUUGUUUUCGCAACAGCAUCACUGUAUGAAAUGUGUGCCGUUGGUCCAAAUGGCAAAAAAAUUUG